ACACAAAAAAACGAGAGUCAGUCAAUCGCCUUCCUUCUUAAACUCAAGAUCCGGUCGUCGUCACUUCUUGUGCCAUCUAAAAAUGGGUACUCGCACUUACCCAACAUCAUCACCACCAUUCCAGUUCCAAUCCCCAUUGUUGCCCCACCACCAGCACCAUCAUGACAGGAACGCCGACGAUGUCGCUGUCUCGCCCACGACCGCCGCCACCAAUCCUCCUCCUCGACCACCUUUUUCUGUUUCCGACGACACCCAACCGACGUCGGUCGAUCAGGACAAUAAGGAUGAUCCCGGCGGAAAGGGUCAAACCCUCGUGGGCGUCAUUCUCAUGCUGCUCAUCGUCGUCCCCACCGGUCUGUUUCUCGGAUUUCUGUUGUCAAGUUUUGAAGUGCUGAAGGCCUACUCCCCCAGAGCCGACGUCGUUUCGGCGUUCGUGUCGGUUAGCAAUAGUACCAACAACAGCAGCAAUGGGCCUACCGCCACCGCGGGCCGACUAUUAACAGCCAACUGGGCCAUUGUUAUCCAUCUCGACAACGACGUGAGUUGUUGUCAGUCGGUGCAUCUCUACCGAGUUGAUGCCUCGGUUUUUCAUGGCGACGACGACGCGGCUCAACGCCCGCUCGCAUCGACCCAGCGAUUUACCGGGUUUAACGGCCCCGAUAAAAGACGGCAGGACCACGUCACGUUUUCGGUCCAGUUGGGGGCGAAAGAAGCAGAUGUCGGCGAGAGAGUGGUGUCCGCCAUUUCCAGGGAUUAUUGGACGGAAUCGGCGGGACAGAGCCGGUUGCGGUUCAAAGCGGUGAUUACGGUUUGGGUGCGGCUCAAACCGAACAGAUUCCGUAGCCGAUUCUACUUAGCGCGGAUUAGUUGUGACCCGCUCUGGAUCGGAUCCUCCGGUAUCGUUGUGGGCACGAUCUCCAAGGAUAACCGGGAAUGCCACGUUCACGUGAUUCGAGAAAGCAAGCCAGUGUGGUUAGACAACGGUUGGGUAGUUGGCAGCUUGAUCUGUGCAACCAUCAUUGUUUCUGUAAGUCUAUGUAUCGUGGGCGCUAAGGUUGGGGUAUUCUAGCGGUUGUGUCAGAUGGUGACGUAUGAACAUAUUUGAUCAAAAGUAGUAUUAAAAUGGAUGAACUCUUAAAAAUUAAUUACUUUUAUUACACACAAAAAAUUUCUUCAUACCAAGCUGUCAAUUGACAAGUGUACGUAGUUAUGAGUAUUAAUCCAAAACUUUGGUAUAUCUCUUUAUCUUGCCUCCGCCUCCAACUUCAUCCUCCAAUGUUUAGUCUGGAUUGAGUUACUUGAAUAUGAAAAUUGAGAAAUCUAGUAUUUGGAACAGGCUAAAUUUAUACUAUGUUAAGUUUUUCCCGUGUGACAGUCAGCUAUAAAGUCUGACCGUUAAA